GGCGCCGUGACCUCCAUGUGAGCGCGGCGGCGCUCCCCGGUAAACAGUACCCGGGCCGGGCGAUGGCUUCCGGCGCAUCCCCGUAGCUCUGCCCGCCGCCGGCCCGCCGGGACCCGCCGCGAUCUGCGCUGCCUCGGCGGGAUCGGGGAGCGCCGUGGAAUCUGCUCGGCUCCCCUUCCUUCUCCCGCACCCCGCCGAGCGGGACGGGCGGCCCGGAUUGCGGGCGGGAGGGUCGCGCCCGCUCCGCGGGGUUUGAAAUUCCUGCCCCGUCGGGCCAAACAAAGAGAGGGGUAGCGUCCAGACCCCUCCCCGGCACCUCCCACGCCGUGGGCGCUCAUCCGCGGAGCGGACCCCGUUCCCAUCCCCUGCCUGUGUCUCCCAUCCUUUGCCCGCGGCCGGCGGAGCGGGCGGGAGGGCGCGCACCAUGUGGAUCCAGGUCCGCACCAUCGACGGCACGGAGACCCAGACCAUCGACGACCUGAGCCGCCUCACCAAGAUCGAGUGCCUGCGGGAGAAGAUCGAGGAGACCUUCCGCGUGAGCCCCGACCGCCAGCGGCUCUUCUACCGGGGCAAGCAGCUUGAAGAUGGACACACUUUAUUUGACUACAAUGUUGGACUAAAUGACAUAGUUCAGCUUUUGAUACGUUCUGAUUCUGAAGCUCCUACAACUGCAUCUGUGACAGAUCAGGAUGGAGAAGUUAAUCCCUGUGCUGUUUCCAACUGUAAGAACAAAGUCAAAAAAACAACCAGUGGAUCGCCCAGUCAACCAUCUACUUCAUCUCGCUCGUUUCUCAUUGAUCCUGGCAUUGGAUUGUACAAGAUAAAUGAAUUGGUGGAUGCCCGUGAUGUCAACAUUGGAGCCUGGUUUGAAGCUCAUAUAGAAAAUGUUACCCGAGCAACAAAGGGACAUAAGAAUGGUAAAGCUCAAGGGAAGAGUGGUAGCACUUACAAAAGGACUAAUGGAAACUUAAAUCAAGAUCAUUCUAGAGAAAAUGCAAAUAGUUUGGACAGUACACCUUCCACAUCUUAUUCAGACUGUAUGGACACUGAUGAAGAAGCUAUUUAUCAUAUCAAGUAUGAUGAGUAUCCAGAAAAUGGCAUAAUAGAAAUGGACACAGUUAAUCUUCGACCCCGAGCAAGAACCAUUCUGAAGUGGAGUGAGCUAAAAGUGGGUGAUGUGGUGAUGGUUAACUACAAUGUUGAGACACCAGAAGAAAGAGGAUUUUGGUUUGAUGCAGAAAUUACCUCUUUGAGAGAAAUCUCAAGGACUAACAAAGAGGUUCAUGCUAAAAUUCUGCUGGGAGGUCCAGAAGACACAAUAAAUGAUUGUAAAAUCCUUUUUAUAGAGGAAAUGUACAAGAUUGAAAAGCCAGGAGCCUAUCCAUUGACUUUUGGGGAUGGAGAUUUCAAAAGAAAAAGUGGCCCUGAAUGCAAGCACUGUAGGGCUGAUCCAGAUAAGGAGUGCCGGUUUUGUUCGUGUUACUUGUGUGGUGGCAAACAGGAUGCUCACAUGCAACUCCUGUGUGAUGAAUGUAAUAUGGCUUAUCAUAUAUAUUGCCUGAACCCUCCUUUAAGCAAGAUACCAGAAGAUGAAGACUGGUAUUGUCCUUCCUGCAAAAAUGAUUCUAAUGAAGUUGUAAAGGCUGGAGAAAAGCUCAAACAGAGUAAAAAGAAAGCAAAGAUGCCAUCUGCCAGUACUGAAAGCCAGAGAGACUGGGGAAAGGGCAUGGCCUGUGUUGGUCGCACUAAAGAAUGCACUAUUGUUCCUUCAAAUCAUUAUGGGCCUAUACCUGGUGUUCCUGUUGGGACAACAUGGAAAUUCAGAGUUCAGGUGAGUGAAGCAGGUGUUCACAGGCCCCAUGUUGGUGGAAUCCAUGGACGCAGUAAUGACGGAGCUUAUUCACUCGUACUAGCUGGGGGAUUUGAAGAUGAAGUGACCGUUAAACCAAAGGAUAAUCUUCUUGCACAGGAUCGAGGAGAUGAGUUCACUUACACUGGCAGUGGAGGUAGAGAUCUUUCUGGCAAUAAAAGAAUUGGAGAACAUUCAUUUGAUCAGACAUUAACACACAUGAAUAGGGCAUUGGCCCUUAACUGUGAUGCCCCACUGGAUGAUAAAAAUGGAGCAGAGUCAAAGAAUUGGAGAGCUGGUAAACCAGUUAGGGUAGUGCGCAGUUCAAAAGGACGGCGGAUCAGCAAAUAUGCCCCAGAGGAAGGCAACAGAUAUGAUGGCAUUUACAAGGUGGUGAAAUACUGGCCAGAAAUUGGAAAAUGUGGAUUUUUAGUUUGGCGCUAUCUUCUGAGGAGAGAUGAUGUUGAGCCUGCACCUUGGACUUCGGAAGGAAUGGAGCGGUCAAAAAAGCUUGGCCUAAGCGUACAGUAUCCAGAAGGUUAUUUGGAAGCCAUGGCUAGUAAGGAGAAGAAAGAUAAGGUUAAAAAGCAAACUGUGAAACAGGAGCCAAGCAGCCAAAGUAAUGGAAACCAGAAAAGGACAAUUGAUGAUGCAGGUGCAGAGGAGCCUACAAAUACACCCAAAGCCAUGAGGAUGGGAGAUGGAGGGAAAGGAGAAGCUUUCCAGCUGACCCAAGAGCAGCAAUGGCUGAUCAGAGAAGACUGCAUGAACCAGAAGCUGUGGGAUGAAGUACUUGCUUCUCUUAAGGAAGGACCAAAUUUCCUGAAGAAACUGGAACAAUCCUUUAUGUGUGUCUGCUGCCAGGAGUUGGUUUACCAGCCAGUGACAACAGAGUGCCUCCACAACGUCUGUAAAAGUUGUUUACAGCGCUCCUUCAGAGCCGAAGUGUUCACCUGCCCUGCCUGCCGCUAUGACCUGGGGAAGGGCUACACCAUGGCUCCCAACAAGAUCCUGCAGACACUACUGGACCAGUUCUUUCCAGGUUACAGUAAAGGACGAUGAUGUGCUCAGUCCCUUCUGUACUUCUCCCAGUGACUCUAUAGACAGUAAAGGGGAAUAAACAUGGGAAAUUCAGCAGGGGACCAGCCAGCUUGAUGGGACUCAAUAUAUUGUCACUUUUUGAAGCACCUAACCCUCUUCCCCUCAUAGCCAUUUCUUGGUGUUGUGAGAACUCUAAUUCUCAGCUGUCUUUUAAAACAUCAAGGGUAGUUUUGGCCAGUUAACUAACAGUUUUUAAAGAAGGAAAAAAAAAAAAGAAAAAAAAAAAAAAGAAAAAUAAAAGCCUCAGCUCUUACUGGCCUAGCUGAUGCUUAAUUUAUGAUUUGUUUUUUUGUGACUACCUCAGGACAGAGGAAAGUAAAUUGUGUCAAACAAUUAAACAAUGUUGGGGAUAAAAAAUAGUUAGUGAUGUUUUAGCUACACACUGCCUCCUGAAUAUUAGUUGUGCCUGGUCCAUGUGGUUUGAUUUACAAAAUAAAAUAACCCAAUAACAAAACCCAAACCAAAAGAAAAACCCACAAAAAAAAAAAACCAGGAAAAAGAAAUAGAUUCAGCACUUAAGCCAUUUGGAUUAAACAGCAAAUUUUGUGGUGUGCAUAAUCCCUUUUUUGUCUUUUUCUUCUAUUAUGCUGUAUUUUUUUGCAAGAACGGGCUGAUUUUUAGUCUAUUUUUGUGAGCUUCAUUGUGCUUUUCUUGUAUCUUAUGCAAGUUGACUACUAAUGACUAAUGAGAACAAUAUGAAUGCAUUGUUGCUGCAUUAGUGUAAAGUGAUCUGUGUUUUUUGCACUUAAAGAGGGUAUUCAAGACACUCUAAUUGUGUAAAAAAAUAGUUCAUAUGAAAAAAGCCACUUCUGUAUUAGUUAAACUGUAUGCUUUUAGUAGGUCUUGUAUCAGUGGCAAUACAUCUACACAGCAUUAAAGGCAGUGCUAGCUUGGAGAAGGUUCAAAUCGCUUCAUAUUGUGAUCUGAAAUUUUAUAUACAAUAUAUCCCCCCCCCCCCAAAGUAUACCUUAUUAAAUAUUUUAUGAUUCAGAAAAAUUGCUAAUUUUGUUUUUACUAUUAUCCACUAAAUUAAGUCAUGAGAUUUUUACAGAAUUUAUUUUUCAGAAUUUAUUUUUCAGAUUACUAAAUGCUUUCCUUAGGUGGCCUGAUUUUUCAGGUGUGAGGCUUUAUAUUUCUUAACUAAUUUCUCAAUGAAAAGAACACCUUAUUUUAAAAAAGGUUGAACUCCAAACCAAGAUCCAGUGGUGACAGGUACCCAUGGAUUCACUCAUAGCCUGUAGCAGUACUCUGUUCAUGGCCCAGAAUGGGAAGGAGCCCUGCCUGUCAUGUAGGGCUGAUGGCACAGCUGGGAGCUGUGGGAUUCCUGCACAGUGGUUGGUCAGGUGGAUGAGUCAGAUUCCCUCUGUAGGCACUGAGGUUAGAGUGACAGCCUGUGGCCCACAGUGCCACAGGUAGCUCAGAAUUUCUGGAGAGAACAGUGUGAUUUCACCUUCGUAACAGCCAUUGCAUCUCAUGAGCAGUAGCUCAUAAGACUUGUGGCCUCCAGCCUUUUAGUUGAGUACUGUAAAUCAUUUUAAUGCUUUGUUUUCCAUUUCCAUUUUUCCAAUUAAUUCACAAGCUAAAUUUUGUCAGUUUGAGAUCAACAGUGGGAAGUCAUCUGCUUUAUACAAAAAUAAAUAAACCAAUUUUUAAUAUAUUUUUUCAGUGACAUAAGCAACACAAAACUGCUUUUAACAAACAUUAAAGUAGCUUUUCAAGACUGGGGAAUUAGACUGGCAACAGAGAAAGACUGUCCUUUCCUCACAUUAUAAAUUUGCAGUGGCUUUUCAUUAUAUUUUGCAUCCUUAGUACUAUAUCAAUAGCUACUGAAAGAUACCCUUUCCAGUAGUUAGUGUAUUCUAGAGUAAAAAAAGUCUGAUUUUCUUUACUAUGUAUUCAGGUGAUGUAGCAUGUAGGUGCAGCUUUUUGCAUAAACACUGGUAUCUGGCCUGACUUUCCUUCAAUGAAAGCCAUUCCUGUCUCCUAUCAUCUGUAGUCUCUUUAUAUAAAGCCCCCCACUGAAGUCACAAGGUAUGUAAUGAAAAAGUUGCAGUUCCAAAACUUUCACUGUAAAAGACAAAAUUUACGUAAAAUAUUGCUGUAAACAGAAGCCUCAUUUGUGUCACUUCAGAGUUCCCAGGCUGUGUGUGCAUGUAGAUCUUCAAGAAGAGGUUGAGUAGUGGGGUGAUUGUAAAGUGCAGAACUGGGUUGUCCUUUUCUGUGGUCCUGGUGUUGCUGAGUGCCUGUUCACCAAAACUGUGCUUUGAGUGGCUGAAUGAGUUGGUCCCUUCAAGGGUGCUCAUGUACAUCAAACAGACAGCUCUGCAUGGACCUGGGCAGGUUCCUUUCAAAUGUGCUCAUAGCACAGAGAUCUGACUGUGUAACUAGUGAGAGGAUUAGUUUUAUGUAAAUUUGAUCUGGAACAUGCUGGAAAAGGCUCCUGUUUAAGGUGUAAGCUUUGGUUACUGAGUGAUUUAAUGUGGCAGUGUGUGUUGCAGGAGGGCUCUUGUCUCCUAAAGCUCUUGGAGCUUAAGCUGUGAAUCAAUUUGUACACAAGCUGUAGAUAAAGUAGGGCAAACUGAGUGCUCUGUAUAAAAAAGUGCCAGAGAGUGACUUGAGAAACUGUGGAAAGAUAACACUUUUUAACCCAAGAUUCAAGUAAUACUAAGCAGUUCAGUCUUUUAUGCCUUCAUGGUCUUUUAUACUUUCUCCAGAAAAAGAGAGAAUUAGCUGGAACUAAUAAGAAAAAAUUACAUGAUACGGAACAAGAUAUUUUACUGCUUGGUAAAAUGGAUCAUUUUGGCUCAUUAAAAAAAAUCAGAUAUUUAUUUAAAUAUUAAUCUCUGACAGUAUUUUCCUUUGUGUAAGUUUAUUGCUGCUGUGGCAAUUGUCACAAAGAGUUUAAGUUCUAUAAUUUCAUACUGCUCUGUUGGACAAAUACAGCUGAAAAGUUUAAAUCCAAAACAUGACAACACUUAAAAUUCUGACCAAUUUUAUUAGACUACUAACACUGAUAGGUAAAAAAAUCAGUAUGAAAUAUUAACACUAGCAAUGCUAGUUAGUGGCAAUAUGUGAAGUAAAUUAAAAAAUCUACUUCAUCUUUUUUUUUACAAAAUGUAAAAAAUUAAUCCUGCAGUUGAUAUUUAUUAGUAUUGCCUUAUGUAUCUGCAUAUUUUCUACUUUUUAAACUGUAUCUCUCAUGCCACCUUGCAAAUUGGAUGUUAAUUGUUAAAACUUUAGCAUGAAACAGACAAAAUGAUAAAUCAAGGCAACUUCCAACAUCAACUGCUGUGGAACAAUCACAUUUUGUUUACACCUAACAUACUGAUUGUAUUUACAUUUUAACGGAGCAGUGUUCAAUGAACAAAUAAAUGUGGUGAUUAUUCAAAAUAUACACAAUAUAAAUAUCCCCAAGAAAUCAGGAAAGGGCCAUUCUGAUGGAGUCAAAAAUGCAGGCAGCUGGAAACAAUCUUAGGAAGAUGCUCUCUUCUGUUCAGAAAAUGGAGAUUCAUAGGCUUCCAUCGGUGGGCAGGUACAAACCAGAUGUUGAUCUCCAUAUAUGUCAUCAAUGCGAGCAAUUGUGGGCCAAAACUUGCUUUCGGGCUUCACAUAUGGCUAAGAAAGAUAAAAGAACCCAACCAUCUUAAUUUUUCCACCAAAUAAAGCUACUCAAUCAUAAUAGACAUUAGGAGCUUGAAGAACUACAAGUGCUAUGAAAGAGGAUUUUUUGGGUGAAGUCAUCCUUCAAGUCUAUUUGCAGUCCCUGAAAGUUAACAAGCAUGUAUAAUAAAAGUGACAGUUAAAAGAAUGCUUAGAUUUUUAAAAAGGAUGGUCAUGUCCUCUAACACAUGCUUGCAAAGAAGCAGAUUUCAUGAGAUUAAAGAAAACUUUAUUAUCCUUUGAACAACUGGCUUUCACAUAGGAAUGAAGGAAAAGCAGAGGACACUAGUGUGCUGUUCAAUAUAGUUACAAUAUAAUACUUAAAGGAAAGUGGAAUGGUGGUAUAGUUGAAUUCUUACUCUUUGAAACAGUACAUAUCACUAAAAUGCUUGCAAUUAGGUUUCAGAGCAGAAAAAGGUUGGUCACACGUCCAUUUAGCUGCUAUGACUGUGAAAGCAAUUAAGAAGUAUGAUAUCAGAGUCCAGCUCCAAUCUGACCUUUAUUUGUAGCAGGUCCACAUUGGUGUCGCUUUCCUCAUGCUGACCUUGGGGAACCUAGUCACACCUUAUGCAAGUUCUUUUAAGCAAAGCUUUGAAUAGGAUGUGGGAUUCUGUUUUGGGAGCCCUUGGUGCAGUAUGUCAGAACUAAACAGGCUGUUUCCAAUAGGAGUGAAUAUUCAGUGUUGAAGUACUAGGAUUCAGAAAUCCAGGUCUGCACCAAUGUGUAGAGACUUUUUUUUUUUGAGCUCUUUUUUCAUUGUCUUUAAAAGCUAAACUAAUGAAACUGUUGUAGAGAGAGCUCACACACUUAAAAACUGAGCAACAAUAUAAUGGCUCUGAAGUUUUCAUUCUUACCACAUUACUUCAUCUCCAACUGCCUAAGAAACUACAGAGCACAAAGCAUAUUUAUAUAUUACCACACCACAAAGUUCCCAUUAUGUACUCACCAGCGGGAAUGCUGCCACUUCUCUGGAGUAGGGACGAUCCCACUUUGAAGAAGUGACACAGCUCAGAGUAUGUGGUGACAUCUACAAGAAACAAGACACACUGAGAACAAGAAAUUACUGGUUUCUGUUGAACAUAUCCGUGUGAAGUCUUCUUCAAGUUCCCAUUCCACAUAUAAAUAAUUACUGUCUAGAGAACACUGUUUAUCUGGGGGCAAAGAUUUAAACCAGGAGGCGAGUCAGUAUUUGGAUUUUUUUUCAGUUUGCCUAAAGUUGCUACCCAAGGCUUGAAUAUGCUUUUGGCUUUUCACUAAACUUAAAAGUCAGUACAGCAUUAAAAGAGUUGAACAGAACUUGAGCUGACUGGUUCUGUGCUGCAUUGCUAAAAUAAUUCAAUCUUUAUUUUAUUAUUAAUGUUAAGGUCAUUCCACUUUUCAUCUUUAGCCAGUGAAAUUAACAUCUCUCCUUUGCUACUUUGAGAUGGCCUUGAAAAAUAAAUUAAGUGCUUGUGGAAAUAACUUUCUCUGCUCUGUCAGCAAGACUUCUCACUUGGAAAAGUAAAAAUGCAAAUUUUAAAAAAGUUGAAGGUUUCUCAAGAAAGUCUUGUGCUCACUGUUGUGCCCCAUUACUUUUGAGAAUACUGAAAGACCAGGAAGUGGGCAUCUGCAGACUCAGGGGUUAGGCUGAUGCUGGUACCUUGCUCUACAUGCCAUCUUACCUUUAGUGGGUUAAUUUGGGGGUCCAUCCUGCCCUCUUCUAUUUCAGCAAUUUCCUGACGAAUACUGAUCAUGGCAUCACAAAAUCUGUCCAGCUCUGCUUUGUCUUCAGACUCUGUAGGUUCAAUCAUAAGUGUCCCUGCCACUGGCCAGGACAUGGUUGGAGCAUGAAAACCUGGUGACAAUAGCAGAAAUCAGUCACAGAUAACAGGGUAUGAGAUGAUACCUUAACUAUCAGCAGAUUUACAAAUUCAGACCUUUCUCUACAAAAAUUUAUAGAGAUUAAAUUCACUGGUAGUGUUGGCUCUGUACUUUAGAGGCAAGAUAAACUUUUCAAGUAUCUUCGUUUUCAGCACUGAAGGGUAACACCAGUGUAUUAUUUACAAUAGAGCUACACACAGAUUUUGUGAAAUAGUUUAUUAAAAAUGAACUUUAAUAUACUUAUCUAACUCACCACUAUACCUACUGAAAAGUCUGUUUAAAGUGGUGCACAAUAUUGAAGGCUCACGUAACAAAGAGAAGGAAGGGUGAGUUUGUUAGUAUCACAAUUAGGCUUUGGGUUAUUUCACUGAAGAGGUAUUACUGGUUAGGGUUUUAACAGCUUUCAUGCAUAUUCAUUAGAAGCACAGUUCUAUAGGAUCAAGUAGUUCAAUGGAUCCUCUUGUCUAGCAGCCAGAAAGCAUCCAUAGUCAGAUCAUUAAGAGCAUGUGUACAAAACUGCAUAAACUAUAUCAGGAUGGAACUGUUCAAAUCCUAUUAUCCUACUUUAAAAGCAUUCUUUUUCUUCCUAUUUUGUUUUGUUUUGCUUUGUUGGAAUCUUAUUAAGCUUUUGGCUCCAACCCACUUGCUCCAAACAUUUGAGUCAUGUAAUCAGUAAUUUGAUGGGGCAGUUUACAAAACUGUGAAGUAGCAGCAAAGUCAGAAGUACCUACUAUAUCUCAGUAUAUGCAAAUAUCUCUACAAGCCCUUAAAGAAAAUGAGGAAGACUGAAAUAAUUAUGACAGAUUCACCAUCCAUAAGCACAGAACUCGAAUGUUUGUAUCUCCCUUUAGAAGAGAUUUAGAAAAUUUUCACUUGCACUGCUAUUUUAGAGAAUAGGCAUUUGACUUACCAUAAUCCUGAAGCCUUUUAGCAAGAUCUACAGCUUCGAUGUUUGCUGUUUUUUUGAAAGGUCUGGUAUCCAAAAUGAAUUCAUGGGCUACAUAACCUGUAAAUAAAAAGUGACAUCUCUAAUAAGUAAGACUAGUGAGAACACUUAAUAGGAGAAUAAUGCAAUUUACCAAGCUGUGUAUUCUGAUUGGCUUUGUGGAGAACAUGGCUAAAAGACCAACUCAAAAAUAUCCACUUGGGCAAAACCUCAAAUCUGAGAAAUUAUCAGGUAAGAGAUACAGAACUCAGUUUUUGAAGACUGACCCUUUGAGUCCCACAUCACAUUAAGAAGAUGCCUCUUUUACAAGAUCAGAACUAGGAAUGAGUGGUUUAAGUAGCUCCUACAAUUUACAAGUUCUCUGCAAAAAUUAUUAGAUUUGUCAAUGGCCCAACAUCAUUUGGGUUGUAGGCUAUCUUAAAUUAAUCAAGUCUGUAUUUAUAUCCAUGAUUCUGGACAACCUUCCAUUACAUGGUUAAAUCCUUCAAACUUUGCAAUUUUUAUUCCCUUCUAUUAAAGUACAGCUUGCAGGUUUUACCAAGGUGUACAUCAUUAAAUUUAAGAUAUAUAUUUUAGAGAUAAUAUAUAUUGUACUCAAAUGUUCUUUGACGCUGUUCAGCUUAAACAAGCAAAAUAAGUUCUCUGAUUGUUACACUACUCCCACAAUAAUUUUUUCAUCUCUUCUUCAUUACUUCUGUCCUGUUGCAAGACUGGAGAGCCAAAACAGGGAACCAGAAUGUACAUAAAAUAUCAUGCAUUGCCAAGAAUUCUACCUCAUCUCACAAAAAUGAACAAGGAACUGAAAUAAGGGAAACUUCAUAGGAUUUUUUUUCAGAGGAAGUGUGCAAGGGGAAGUACAGGUCCAAAAAUUACUUUCAGUUCUUAAAUUGUUGCAUCAUUGGUUCUGGAGAUUUGGAAGUCUCAACUUGGUUGUUUUCCUUUUUCUAAUGUUCAUCAAUCUGCCAUUAAAUUUCAAGGAGAACAAUCUAA